AUGCUUCUUACGAACGCGAUCAGACAGGUUGGACGUCAGGAAACCGUCCAGUUGGCCGCGAUGCAAUCGCGCUCAAUGCACGAUUUGACUUUUCGCAAAAAGACCGGUCAGGCCAUGUUUAAAUAUGGUCGUGGUGGACGCUCGAGCACCAAUGGUCACAUUGCUACUGUCUUUGGAUGCACUGGUUUCCUCGGCCGUUAUGUUGUCUCCAAGUUGGCCAAACAAGGCACACAAGUUGUAGUCGCUUAUCGUGAUCCUGAUGAAGCUAGACAUCUCAAGGUCUGUGGUGAUCUUGGCCAAGUGAUUCCUUUGGAAUUCGACUUGAGAAACCGUGAACAAAUCAUGGAAUGUGUCCGUCACUCUGAUAUCGUUUACAACUUGGUGGGUCGUGAUUAUGAGACCAAGAACUUCACUUUUGAACACGUCCACGUUGAUGGCUCCCGUGCCAUUGCUGAAGCUGCUGCCGAAGCUGGUGUUGCCCGUUUCGUCCAAGUCUCUGCUUUGAACGCUUCCGAAGAUUCCACAUCCAAGUUCUUGCGCUCCAAGGCUUUGGGUGAGAAGGCUGUUCGUGAAGUGCUUCCUGAUGCUACCAUUGCUCGCCCUGGUACCAUGUUUGGUCAUGAGGAUCGUUUCUUGAACAGAAUUGGUCUUGGUGAUGGUUGGCAAUUCUGGGUCAACGAAGGCCAAACCAAGAUUCGUCCUGUUUCGGCUAUUGAUGUUGCUCAAGCCCUUGAAGUUAUGUUCAUGGCCGAUUCUACUGCUGGCAAGACUUAUGAACUUUAUGGUCCCAAGGAGUACAGCUACCAGCAAAUCUAUGAGAUUGCCCGCGAAAUUGCCUUGAAGCCUCUUCCUAUUUAUCCUCUUCCUCUCCCUAUCGCCAAGGCUGCUGCUACCUUGAUUGACAAGCUCCCUUACAACCAAAUGGUCAGCCCCGAUCUCAUUGAACGUAUGACCAUUGACGACAAGCCUACCCCUGGUGCUCUCACCUUCAAGGAUUUGUACGUUGAUCCAGUGAGCUUGGAGAGCGUUGCCAUCCAAUUCCUUCGACGUUUCCGUAGCAACGCUGUAUUUGAUCUUCCUUACGAAAAGGGCGAAGGCGAGGUCAAGAAGGGUGUCUACCACGUCAUUGACUAG